AUGCACCUGCUCUGUGCUUUUCUUUUUUGGCUCUCUCUUAGCAAUGGCCUCAGUGCUAACUGUCCAGGACGAUGCAGUUGUGAUUCUAUGCAGUCUGUACAAUGCUACAGGCUCAUGGAGGUACCGCUGGGCAUCCCUUCCACCACCAAGAGACUCUACAUUAGUCACAGCAGAAUCCAGCACCUUCAGUUAUCUAACUUUACUGGACUGUUGGCUCUGGAAGAUUUUAUUCUGCUGGCCAGUGGAACAGAGUCUGUGGAAAAUGAUACCUUCAAGACUCUAAGUGGCUUAAAGACCCUAGAACUUUGGAAAAAUAAAUUGAGACGGGUCCCCAGUGCCCUCCCAGCCAACCUUGAAGUGUUAAAAUUAAAUGAUAACUCAAUAUGUGUUCUACAUGGUUCAGAUUUUGAAGGACUGGGGAAAUUAAAAAUCCUGGAACUUAAGAACAACUUGAUCUCUGCUCUGUCUCCCGGCAUGCUCUCCUCACUCACCAAUCUGCAAAGUUUGAUGGUGGAUGGUAACAACAUAGCAUCUGUAGCUGGACCACUGAACCUUCCCCAUCUGAAGUACGUGAGCAUGGAGAACAAUAAACUCCAUCUUAUACCAGGGAAUGUCUUCUCUUCUCUGCAGACUUUGCAGUACCUCAGUUUCAGUGGUAACCUCCUGACUAAAAUUCCUACAAAUCUACCCCAAUCCUUGCUAUCUUUAAAGCUGGAGAGGAACCAGCUCAAAGUGGUCAGGUUUCGAGAUGUGAGACACUUGGAGAACCUGUCCCAUCUUUACCUGUCAGAGAACUUCCUGUUCUCCAUUGAUGGGGUGCAGAUGCUUACCAAUUUAACCGUUCUUGAGGUGUCCCAAAACCGGCUUCAAAUGUUGCCUCCCAAGCUACCAGCAAGGCUACAGAAGCUCGACUGUAGCAGUAACUUCAUUCAGAGAGUGACAGCGCCAGAAUUCCAGGACCUCAGAGACCUGAAACAUCUGUUUCUAGACAACAAUGUAGUCAGCUUGUUUGAGGCUGGAGCCCUUCAGAGGUGUUCUCAGCUGUCCAACCUGGCCCUGGAGCAGAAUCUGCUGUUGUACAUACCUCUGAGGCUCCCUAAAACUCUGGCCAGGCUGGACCUCAAGGGCAAUGCCAUCCAGGACAUGGCUGAGAGGGAGCUCAGAGACCUCAAACAGCUUCAGGUCCUCAACCUGAGGAACAACAAGAUCUCUGCCUUAGACCUCAAGGCACUGGAAGGGCUGCCUCGGCUCAGGCACCUAUACCUGGAUGGAAAUCCCUGGAAUUGUACCUGCAAUCUCCUACGAGUCAGGGAAGUCCUGAAGGCCAAGGGCACGGAUGUGAAAGGAGGACAGUGUGCGGCCCCAGCAGAACGACAAGGGGAGAGCUGGAUGUCCUCCAAGAAGAUCCUGAAACAGUGCGAGCAUCACUUAAACCAGAACGAGAAAAGCAAAGAGAGCAAGAAGAAAGCAAAACAGGAAGACUCUUCCAGCAGUAGACUCAGUGUGGAUGAUGACGAUGAUGAUUAUGAAAUAGAUUAG